AUGAUUUUUAUCAUAUUUUUGUGCUUACUAACUUAAGCUGAAAUUAUAUAAACAAUCACAUUAUAAUGCGAAUGUGUUCAUAUAAGAGAUUAAGAAAAUUGUAAGAAUUCAGCUAAAUGCAAUUGGAAUUAAAUGGAAGAAAGAUGUAUAUAGGCUACAGAAUUUUCUAUUGAGACUCUAGUUACAACAUAUUGUGCUUAAUUUGCAGAGGAGGAAUGUAUACAAGAUAAAAAAUGUGCAUUUUAUUUAGGAAAAUGUAUAGAGUUUGUGAGUUGUGAAGUUUUUAUGAAAGAGAAAUGUGAUCAAUCAUCUUUGUAAUGUAUUUCUGAUGGUAAUAAAUGUAUAUCAAAAGGAUUAUGUUCUGAUUAUUUAACUUAGAUUGCUUGUUAAAAAAAGAAUACAUUAGAUAAAUAUUGUAAAUGGAGAAAAAGAGAUGAUAAAUAUUAUUGUGAAGACGUAUAAGAUUGUAGGGAUCUUCCAGUUGAUAUAAAAGUUGAUAAUGAUUGUAGAAAAUAGAUAGAAAUAUGUACAGUUUCAUUAAAAGGGGGAUGUGAGAUUUCUAAAAACCUUUGCAAUUAAUAUACAUAAAAAGAAUAAUGUUAUUUUAAUUUAGAUUAGAUUGAAUGUUUUUGGGAUGAUAAUAUAAAUAUUUGUUUAGAGUAUUUUUGCACAAAUAAAUAAUCAUCACAUUUUGAAGAAUGCUAAAAGAUUGAUCCUAAUUGUACAACAAAUGGACAUAGAUGUAUUAAAAAGUUAGAUUGUGAUUAAUAUUAAAAUUCAAAUUCUUGUGUUGAGGAUAUAAAUGGAAAUAAAUGUAUAUAUUAUAAAGGAAAAUGUUAUUAAAAGAAUUGCAUAAAUGCUCCUAAUUUUAUAAACAAUAUGAUUGAAUGUUAAGCAUUUUAAAUUAAAGAUAUAAUUUGUGUUCCUAAAAAGAUUGGAGGUUGUAUAAUAUCACCUUAAUAAUGUUAAGAAUUAGAAACAGAAGAUUCUUGUUUAUCUAUUAAAGAAUUAGAUGGUAAAUAAUGUUUUUGGUAAGAAUAAUAAAAGGUUUGUAAAAUUAAAUAAUGUUCAGAUGCUCCUUUAUAAUACAAUCAUAUAGAUUGUAUAAAUUGGUUAGAUGAUUAUUUAUGUAUAAGAGGGAUAGAUAAUGGUUGUAUAGAUAAUGUUGAUGAUUGUACAAAAAUAUUGAAUCUUUAGAGUUGUGUAAAAGAUAAAUUAAAUAGAAAAUGUAUGAUUGAGAAUGGAUAAUGUGUAGAAGAAAAAUGUUAGAAUUUAUAAUUUCCAUUUUAUGAUAAUAUAUUUGCUUGUGAGAAUAAAUUAAAUAUAUGCACUUUUAGUUAAUACAUUAAAACAUGUAUUAAUAAAGAAUGUUCUUAAUUAGAAGAUAGAUAAUGUAAUUUUGAUUAUAAUAUGAAUAAAUGUAUCUAAUUACCUGGUUGUAUUCAUAAGAAAUGUGAAUCUGCUUCUGUUUAUUAUGGAACUCAUGAAGAAUGUGAAAGUUGGGAUAUUAGAUGUACAAUAAAUAAGGGAAUAAUUAAUUAAAUACCAUAUAGAAAUGGAUGUAUAACUAAACAUUUAGAUUGCACAGAUUUUAAAUAUGAAAUAUAAUGUAUAACUUCAUUAUAAGGAAUUCCAUGUUUUUGGAAUUAAAUUAAUAAUUAGUGUGAAUUUCAUAAUUGUAAUAAUGCACCUUUAAGUUUACAAACAUUAGUAGAUUGUCAAAAAUGGGUUUAAUACCAUAAUAUUAAGUGUAUUAAUAAAUAAAAUGGAGGAUGUAUUCAAUAAGCCACAAAUUGUCAAGGUCUUAAUGAUCAAGUUUAAUGUUUAAAUGGUUCAUUAUCAGGAUUAUGUUUUUGGAAUGUUAUAAUCAAUAAGUGCGUAGAUCGUACAUGUGAUAAUGCAUCAAAUGUUACUACAAACUAAUAAUGUAGGUAGUGGUUAUCAUCUUGCAUUUUCAAAUUACCCAAUAAAUGCUAAAGUGAUAAUAGCAAUUCAAUUUUAUGUUCAAAUUAUCCAAAAACUUAUACUUUUAUAUCACAUGAUGAAUGUUAAGCAUGGAAUCCUAAUUGCACACUUAAAUUUGGAAAUGCUUGUUAUAGUGAAGAUUUAUGUUCAUAUUAUAAAACUGAAAAUGAAUGUAAUUACUUAUAAAAGACAAAAAAUUGUCAAUGGAAUGCUUCUGUUUGUUAGAUAAAGUAAUGCAGUAGCAUGACUAGCCCAUCAAACGAUAAUGAUUGCAAAUAAUAUUCUCCAUCUUGUACUUAUAAUUAGAUAACAACCACAAUAACAAAUAAUGAUAAUACAGUAAGUACAACUAUUAAUCACGUUUGUAUUACAAGAUAAACCACAUGUUCUUCAAUAGUUGAUUAAACAUAAUGUAAUAAUGAUUCUCUUACUUAAAAAUGCUAAUGGGAUAAUUCAUAAUGCUCGGCUGUUACUUGUAUUAAUUAUGAGAGUAAUUAGAAUGUAGAUAUGUGUAAAAAUAGAUAAUUUAAUUGUAUUUACAAUAGUUCAACAUAAAAAUGUGAAAUGCUAUAGGACUUUUGUUCAUCUAUUACAGAUAUCUCAUAUUAAGGUUGUCAAAAUAGUAGUAUAUAUUGUAUUCUGAAUGAACUUUCUAAUAAAUGUGUUUAAAUUCAAAAUUGUUCAGAAACUACAACAUAUUAAGAAUUUGAUUGUAAUUCAAUUUAUAAAUUUUGUUAAAGUAAGAAUUUUACAUCUGGAUGUUAAAAUUUAGCUUUGAAUUGUUCAGAUUAUAAAAUCUAAUAGAAUUGUAAAAUAAAUAUUAAGAAAUAAUAAUGUUAUUGGAGUGCAUCAUAAAAUAAAUGUAUAGAUUUCUCUUGUUCAAAAAUUGAAGAGAUUCUAACUACUCAUAAUUAAUGUUAAUAAUUCUCCUCAGAUUGUACAAUAAAUUUAGAUAUUAAUAUCCCAUCUAGUUGUAUGAAUUUACGUUUUUGUUAAGAAUAUUUAAAAAAAGAAUAAUGUUUUAUAGAUUAAAAUAAAUAAUAUUGCAGUUGGAUCAAUUAAGAAUGUAUUAAUGAUUAUAAUAAAUCAGCUCAAUUAGGUGUAUACACCUUAUAGAACUGUUAAGAAUAAUAUGGUAUUAGAUCUACAAUAAAUGAAGAUCGAUCUGGAUGUAUUAUUAAAUUUGAGAAUUGUCAUUAAUAUAAUAAAUUCUAAUGUUUAACUCCAAAUCAAACUAAUAUAAAUGAAGUUUUAUGUUUUUGGGAUUAAUUAAAUAAUGAAUGUAAAGAGGUUUUAUGUCAUAAGGCAAAUUAAUAGACAAGAUAAUUGAUAGAAUGUGAAUAAUUUCAUUAAAAUUGUUAAACAAAAAUAUGUAAAAUAUCUAUAUGCAAUGAUUAUAAAUAUGAUUUAGAUAGUAAUUGUUAAAUAGCUUUGAAAAAUCAUUAAUGUACAACUGAUGGAACUUAAUGUGUAGAGAGAGGUCUAUGUUCAGAUGUUAUAAAUAGAGCUGGUUGCACUUUUUCAAUUAAUUAUUAAGAUUGUAUAUGGUUGGAAGAUGAAAAUCGUUGUGUUGAUAAAACUUGUAAUUCAGCAUUAAAUUCAAUGAAGACUCAUUAAUAAUGUUAAGAUUAUUUAUAAUAAUGUACAAAUAAGAUAGAAGGAGGAUGUAUAAAUAUUACAACAUGUUAUUCAAUUUUAUCUCCAGAAGGUUGUCUUUAUGAUUAAAAUUUAGAAAAAUGUAUAUGGGAUUAUUAUAAUAAAAAAUGUAUAUAUGUAUAAUGUUAAUCUUUUUGUGGUGAUGGUGUAGUAGGAAAUGAUGAACUAUGUGAUGAUGGUAAUAUACUACCAUAUGAUGGAUGUUAUAAAUGUAAAUUUUAAUGUUAAUAUGGAUGUAAUAGUUGUAAAAAACUUAAUUGCUAUGAGUGUAAUUAAGGAUUUGAAUUGAAUUAAAAUGGAUUAUGUUCAGAAAUAUGUGGUGAUGGAUUAAUUGUUGGUUAAGAAGAGUGUGAUGAUAUGAAUAUUAUUUAAAAUGAUGGAUGUUAUGAUUGUAGAUUUCAAUGUCAUGAAUAAUGUUUAGAUUGUAUUUUUGGUAUCUGUAAUAAAUGUGCAUAUGGAUGGGAAGAAUACAAUACUUAAUGUAGAACUGUUUGUGGUAAUGGAUUAUUAGUAGAAUAAUUUGAAUAAUGUGAUGAUGGAAAUAUUGAUGAUGAUGAUGGAUGUAAUUCUAAAUGUUAAAUUGAAAAAGAUUGGAUAUGUUUCUAAUCAUAAAUUACUAAAAUAAGUGAAUGUAAAAAGAUUUCAUAUCCUAAAAUCAUCUUAAAAAAUAUAUCUUAAAAAAGAGAUUCAUAAUAAAUUAUUAAAUUAUAAUUUAAUUAAUAAGUUUAACUCAUAUCAGAUCUUAGAUUUGAAGAUUUCAUUAAAAUAAAUGUUACUAAUAAUGUAGAUUUUCUAUUAGUAAUCUAACCAAUUAAUGAAGCAUCUCUAUCACUUAAAAAUGUAGAAUAUACAUUUCAUAUAACAUUAUUAGAAAAAGUUGAUUAUCCAUAAGUAUCCAUUCAAUUUAUUAAGUCAAUUCUUAUUAAUUAAUAUAAAUAAGAACUCAAUAAAUAAAUAGAUACUAUUAGUUUAGGUACACCAUUGAUAUUUUCUCUAGAUUAAUAUUCAAGAUUAAAUAAUACUAUUGCUUUUAAUGAAAUUAUGAUAUAUGUAUUUAUUGGAUCCUCUUCAUUAUCUGUAUUAAUGGGAAAUUUAGAUUUAUUUUUUAAUAUGUUAACAUUACUCUAAUAAUUAUCAUAUGUAAGAUACUUGAGUGUUCCAUUUCCAUCUCAUUUAGAUUAAUAUUUAAAGGUAUUUAAAGUAGUCUCCUUUUAACCAUUAUAUGAUCAAUUAAAAAUUGAUUAUCUUUUUCAAAAGUUAAACUUUGGUAAACCACCAUUUAUUAAAUCCAAAAACAAUUAAAAAUAGGAUACAGAAUUUAUAAAUUCCUUUUUUUUAAUAAAUGCCAAAAGUUUCUAUUUAACUAUGUUUCUAUCUAUAUUUUUUUAUCUACUUGCUAGAAUUAUUAAUAAACUUAAUUAAUACAUUUUUUCAAUUAUAUUGAGAGUACAUAAAUUUAAAUAACUUAAAGUUUUAAAUAAAAUAUUUAAAUCAGUUAGAUAAUUUACACUUAAAUCUUCAAAUUAUUUCAUUUAUUCAGGAUUAAUAAAAGUAUUCAUUUCAUCAGAAUAUUAAUUAAUGUAUAGUGCAUAUAGUUAAUUUCCAGAAUACAAAUUUAAUUUUGAAAUGGAAAAUUUAUUUGAAACAUUCAACUCCUUUAAUGCUUUAAUUUGUAUGAUUAUACCUCAUAUAUUUUUAUUCAAAUCUGUAAUUGUAUUAUAAAAACAAUACAAAUCUGAAAGUGGUAAUAAAUAUUCUAUUUUUUAUGAGAAUUUUAAACCAGAUUAUUGGUCAAGAUUCUUUAUUCCAUUUUCUAUGAUUAAAGUAAGUAUAUAUAUGGCAAUUAUUUGUUUUCUAUAUAAUUCAGCUAUUAUUUAAUCAAUUUCAUUAAUUAUUUUAUGCUAUUUUUAUUGUUAUUAUUUGAUUGCUAUAUAACCAUUAUGCUAGAAAAUUGAAUAAUUAAGGCUUUUAAUAAGAGAAAUCACAUUUUUAUCAAUAAUUUCUUCAAUUUUUCCUUAUUGUUUGGAUUUUAAUGAUGAUGUAAUCAAUAUUUUAGGUUGGAUACAUAUUGGAUUAUUCUCAUUUAUAAUAGGUUCUAAUAUUAUAUUAGAUUCAGUGAAAUAAAUUCUUGAUUUGCGUUUGUCUUAUCGAAGAAAUUAAAUAAAAAUUAAACGAUCUUAACAACGUCAAUAUAUAAUAAAUGGAUUACAAUAAUUUAUAAAAAUUGAUAAUAGUUAUAAGAAUAUACGGAAUGGAUCCCUAUCUAUAGGUUAUGAAGUAUAAUCAAACUAACAAAGUUAAAUUCUAUCUCUUCGAUGA